AUGGCCAUCUCACCGAUAGACAUUGCGAAGGCCGAAGAGGUGGCCAGGGCUACUGGUUAUAAUUCCCCGAAUCCGGAACAUCAUUUCGAUGGGUCGAUGAACCCUGUCUUGAAGAAGAUUAAUUCAACCCUUGAUCGCGAGGAGGGGUUCAUGACCAGAAUAAAGAUCGAGCUCAGUGAUUCGGACAAGAUACUGAUUCGAGAAACCGAGAUGCUCAGUUCUCAGCACAAUGAGUCGCUUCUCAUGUCUAUAGCUGAUAAUAGUGGCUGA